CGAGCAGCACGGAGCAUCUUCCAAGAUCCAACCUUGCCGACAUCGCUCGUAGCCAGUGGGAGGCUUGACCGCUUUGCAGCGCCCGUAGGUUCAUAGGUGGUGGUUGUAGGUGACCGUCACCCCAGAAGCGCAAAAAAGGGAGAGGCUCAGGAGGGGGGACCACUUUGCGGCUGCGAGUGAUAGGAGCCCGAAAGCGAUGGCGGCCACCACGGACGACUUGUUGAGGUUGGAGAUGCCAGGCGAUGAGACGCGCAUCAUCGCGGAGUACAUCUGGGUCGGGGGAUCGGGUCUCGAUCUGCGCAGCAAGCCCCGCACUCUGCCCGGCCCUGUGAAGUCGGUGUCGGAGCUUCCCAAGUGGAACUACGAYGGGUCCAGCACGGGGCAGGCCCCGGGCGAGGACAGCGAGGUCAUCCUGUACCCGCAAGCCAUCUUCAGGGACCCUUUCCGAGGGGGGGACAACAUCCUGGUGAUGUGCGACUGCUACACUCCUCAGGGCGAGCCCAUCCCCACCAACACCCGCUGCGCCGCCAACAAGCUGUUCCAGCAGGCGCCGGAGACGGAGCCGUGGUUCGGGCUGGAGCAGGAGUACACGCUGCUGGACAAGGAGCACAAGUGGCCGCUGGGCUGGCCCGUGAAUGGCUACCCCGCGCCGCAGGGGCCCUACUACUGCGGCGUGGGCGCCGACAAGGCGUGGGGACGGCGCAUCGUCGACGCGCACUACAAGGCGUGCAUCUACGCGGGCAUCACGAUCAGCGGGACCAACGGCGAAGUGAUGCCCGGGCAGUGGGAGUUCCAGGUGGGGCCGUCCAUCGGGAUCGCGGCGGGCGACCACCUGUGGGUGGCGCGCUACUUGCUGGAGCGCAUCACCGAGAUGGAGGGCGUGAUCCUGUCCCUGCACCCGAAGCCCGUGCGAGGCGACUGGAACGGCGCCGGGUGCCACUGCAACUUCAGCACCAAGGCGAUGAGGGAGGACGGCGGGUGGGAGGUGAUCAUGCAGGCCGUCAAGAACCUGGAGCUGAGGCACAAGGAGCACAUCCUGGCGUACGGCAAGCACAACGAGGAGCGCCUCACGGGGCGCCACGAGACGGCCAGCAUGGACAAGUUCACGUGGGCUGUCGCCAGCAGAGGAACGUCCGUGCGCAUCGGAAGAGACACGGAGGCCAAGAAGAAGGGGUACAUGGAGGAUCGUCGCCCGGCCUCCAACAUCGACCCGUACGUCGUCACCUCCCUCGUCUUCCAAACGACCACGCUCUGGAAGCCUUCCUAGUACUAGAUGUUCAUGAGAGUCUCAAAGGGUGUACUCACACUCGCUACCUAUGCUACUAUAGGUAUCCGACCGCAGUUACGGUCGCACAUGGAUGUAUAGGACCGCAAUUACGACCAUAAAAAAGAAAAAAGUCAAGAAGUUCCUAGUGUGAGUGCGCCCUCAGCAGAUGAAUUGCGACCGUUGCCCGUCAGAAUAGAGCGGUGAAUGAAUGUGUGUAAGAUCG